AUGAGUUCCCUCCGAUCCUUCUUGGCGUUCAUCCUACCACAGCUUCCUGACCUGCGCAUCCCUGACAACAUGCAGCUCCUUCUCAGUGCUGCGGCUUGUCUUGGUGUCAUAGGAGUGAUUACUCGGACCUACUGUUUUAAAUCAGAGAGCAACCUUCCUCUCCCACCUUCCCCUCCUACUUGGAGACUCUGCGGACACUUCCUGCCACAUCGCAACUCAUUUCUCAUCGUAGCGGGAUGGAUUGACGAGUACGGUUCUGUGAUCACCAUUCGAUCAAGAUUCGAGAAGAUCGUUCAUAUCGGGCGUUAUAAAGCUGCCGUGGACAUUAUGGAGAAUCAGGGAAAAUUGGUAGCUGAUCGUCCUCCAAAUGUUGCUGCGGAGAUAUCUAACGGCGGAAUGGGCAUCGCACUUGUACCCUUUGGAGACAGGUUACGUCGGAUGCGUAGUUAUGCUGCGACGAUAAUUAUGAAAAUUGCGUAUGGGAAGAAUACACCUACGUCUGCGACUGAUCCCGAAGUCGUUGGGGUUAAUCAACUCAUUAGGAUGACUCGAAGUAGUAAAAUUCUGCGCCCUGGUGCUUACCUGGUGAAUUCGAUCCCGUGGCUCAAAUAUCUUCCUUGGUAUGGCCGGGACUUAAGGCAGAGGUUCGAGAGGAACAAGAAGCUCUACACUGGUAAUCUGAACCGCGUGAAAGAACAAAUGCAUAACAAUGAGGACAUCGGCUUUUCGUUCACGAAAUAUAUGCUAGAAAAUAGUCAUGUCUAUGGUUUGACAGAGAUUGAGAUUGCUUUUCUUGCUGGUACCUUUCUGAGAUCUGGAUCACAGACGACCUCUAGCACCAUGUGCACGGUAUUCAUGGCAGCCGCAUGUUUCCCUGAGGAGCAAGCCAAAGUUCAGGCUGAGCUCGACGCGGUCAUCGGAAGGCACCGAGCACCGACCUUCUCCGACCAAAAAUCCCUCCCUCGCUUGCAAGCAUUCAUAUCUGAGGCUUUGAGAUGGAGGCCUCCGAUUCCCGAUGCAUUGGCUCACCGAACAAUCAAAGACAAAAACUAUUGUAUUCCAGCUGGGACCACGGUAUACGGCAAUGUCUGGUCCAUCUCUCGAGAUCGAGAUGUCUUCCCCGAGCCUGACGCGUUCAAACCUCAGCGCUGGAUUGAUGGGCAAGGUAGCCUGAGAGAUGAUAUAAAAUUGUUUGUCUUCGGGUUUGGUCGGCGCGUAUGCCCCGGUCAACAUGUCGCGAACAGAUCGGUGUUCAUAACUGCUCUCCUUAUUCUUUGGGCCUUCAAGCUCACCCUGGAUCCUACGAAGCCACUAGAGGACAUGGGUUUCAUGGGCGGGUCAAUGCCAGAUAUCCGGCCAUGCACAUUUGAGUUUGAGAAAAGAAUCCCAGAAACGGAACUCAGGCGCAUGAUGCAGGAUUAUCCUGAGGUUGCAUGA